CCGCCAGAAAAAAAAACCACGUCCGUAUCUGCGGCACUUCAUAAAUUCGCUACUAUUGUCACUAUCGUAAUCUCACCCAUAAUCGAAAUCGCGAAAGACGCUUUUUAGAUUAUAGGAUUAUAAUAAUAUAUGAGGUGAUGUCGCCAAACCGUAGGUCUCAGUACACGGCGCUUAAGCAAACGGUUCAGUCUCCGACUGUGGUGAUGCUCAUAUCGUAAACAAUACCUUGGUUAAGAGAAACAUUCGAAAACAACAUUGUUCGGGGAAAAGACCACGCCGUCUUGAACUCAGUUUCUUCGAGUUUUCCUAAUUGAAAAUUGUUUUCUGAAAACAGUUCCUGUUUAUGUAACAAAAAAGUAAAACGUGCCAAAAAGUGUUCAUCCUUUUUUUCUUUCCAAGUUAUUUUGUGAAAAAUCCGAUAGUGAGCCUAACAGUUAAAAAGGACUGAAUCCGUUAAAACAUUGACUCUGAACUGAAUAUCAUUUCGAGUUUCUAUUCAUCUUGUCUUUCUUUAUUCAUUCAUAAAAGAAAAGAAAACAAUGGCAAGAUGUAUCCGGUAAUGACUGGAUAAGUGGCCAAACACCACCUUUUGCAGUGACAAGAAUCCUCAAGGAUUCUUUUGGUAUCUAUUGUAUUUUAGUUUGUUUGUGAACGGAAUAUAUGUAAACCCAACCGGCAACGAAAUCCAUACUUACGUUCCGGUGACUGAAUGUAAAAGUCGAAGAAAGCGAAAAACUAAUUUUUAAAAAUUAUCAAAAAAAACACACAAAGCCUCUGAACAAAUUGCACUGUAAAUAAAAAUCACAUUCCAAACAAUAUCACAAAUAAAAUAGUUAAAAUGUAAACUAAUUGGCUAGACUAAUUUCCUAACAUCCAAUUAAAAUUUCAACUCCAAAUCAUCGGGAAACAUUGGAAAAAUAUAAAAAAAGCGCCUCAAAUUUGAUUGGUAUCUAAUGUAGAAAGUACAAUCUAAAGUUUUUCUUUUGUAACUUUUUCUCUAACAUCCAAACAAAAAUAAUUCCACGGCAGCUGGUUUGCUUUUAUCACAAAGAGAUAUUCUCUGGCCAAUCUAAAUUUAAUUUUAUAAAUUAAAUUAUGAGUUAAUUGUAACGCUUACCAAAGCCAAAUUCCAACAAAAUUCCAUACUUUAAAAUCUAAAGUAAUAAAACACAAUAAAAAUAUCUAUAAAACGUAGCGGAUAGUAGAGGUAGCUAAACUAAUGUAAAAAAGUCGCAACAAAAAGUAUUAACAUUUUCUUUAAAAGAAAAGUAUUAUUUAAAUAUACAAAACAGUAAAGUGCAUUCCAAAUUAUUAAAUUAAUUUUGAGAAAUAGAUAAUUUUACAAAAAAAAAAUUGAAACCAAAAAGUAAUUACAUUCUUAUACGCUUAAUUCAUUAAUUUAAAUAAAAUAUAAUUCCAAAUAGUUCAUGUAAUAUAACUAAUAAUUUAUUCGAGCAAUAAAUAUUACUAAAAUAAAACUCGACGAUAAAUUCCAACAAAAAUCCAAAAGCAUUACUUAAUUAAUUUUAAAAAUAAAAGUUAAAAGAUCUUAAACAUUCGAAAUGCCGUACCGCGGUGACAGUUAUGAUUUCGAAAGAAAUAAUAAUAGUUUAGAAAAUGGUCUGGAUCACUUGUACACUAACCUUAAUGCACAAGAACAAGAACAACAUGAACAGGCAGGCAAUGAACCAUCAAACAACACAAAUAACAACAAUGACAUCAAUAUAAAUGUUAAUAAUAUUAAAAAUGGAAAACCACCCGAGCAUUCAGAACACUAUACACCGGCUGACAAAUAUAAAUUAUAUACUAUUUAUGGAAAUGAUAUUGACAAUGACAAAUUGUCAGGUAUUCCCCAUUCCACAACUGGUUCACUAAGCUCCAUCAUCACGACGUCAAUAGCAUCAUCGGAACCUGAUCCUGGAUCAGAGAAGGUUGGUUGCGAUGUUCACGGAUACGAUGAGAAGGCAGCCCUUAACCGUCCCGGCCUACGGCAUGAGCCCUGGUGGCAUAUUUUACUGCAGGUUUCGAUACCUUUCUUUAUAGCUGGUGUGGGAACAAUCGGGGCUGGAAUUGUUUUGGGCCGUGUAGAGAAAUGGACAGUAUUCCAAUCAGUUAGUGAACUAUUUAUUUUAGUGCCUGCAUUACUUGGUUUAAAAGGAAAUUUGGAUAUGUGCCUGGCUUCACGUCUAUCAACACAAGCAAAUUUGGGAAAUAUGACGUCGCCGCGUGAAAUAAUCAAAAUGAUAGUUGGAAAUAUAUCAUUAGUACAAGUACAGGCAAUAGUUGCAUCAUUUAUUGUAGCAAAUUUUGCUGUUGUUGUUGGUGGUUUAAUGAAUGGAGAAUUCAAACUUGAAACUAUAAUGCUAUUAAUUUCGUCCAGUAUGUUUACCGCGACAUUGUCGUGUUUUGUUUUAGAUUUUGUAUUAGUGGCUGUGAUAUUGAUAUCGAGAAAAUUUAAAAUGAACCCUGACAAUUUAGCAACCCCAUUCGCUGCAUCUAUUGGUGAUAUAGUUUCCCUUAGUGUACUAUCUUUCAUUGCAUCAAUACUAUACGAUAACUUAGAAAAACAGAUGUGGAUUACAUACAUUGUAAUGGGUAUUUACGUGUGCUUACUACCAAUGUGGGUAACGAUAGUGUAUCGGAACAAAUAUACAAAAAAAGUAUUAACAUCUGGCUGGGUACCUGUCUUAUCAGCGUUAUUUAUUAGCGGAUUGGGAGGUCUUGUACUGGACAAAGCUGUGGAUAUGUUCAAUGGAUUUGUGGUGUUUCAACCAAUUGUUAAUGGUAUCGGCGGUAACUUGGUAUCAGUUCAGGCUAGCAAGAUUUCGACAAUGCUUCAUCAAAGCUCAAUUAUCGGUAUCAUCCCGCCACAUACACGCAUUUUUGAAUUACCUUGGAGAGCGCUAUUUAAAGGAGUUCCUUACGCACGAACUGCUCGUAUCCUAUUGGCUCUCUCGAUUGCUGGGCAGCUUGUGUUCGUAUAUGCGGCAGAUUUCAUACAUUGGUCCGAAACAACAAUUGAGUAUCCAUUCUUGCUUUCCUAUCUGUUCGUCAGCUUCAUUCAGGUCAUGUUACUUCUCUAUGUUGCCCACAUCAUAAUUCACGUCAUGUGGAAGUGGAAGAUCGAUCCCGAUAACUCAGCAAUUCCAUAUCUAACAGCCCUCGGAGACUUGCUUGGCUCAUGUCUCCUAGCACUGGCCUUCCUGUUCCUGAAGUCAAUUGGAAGAGAAUAUGCGAGCGAUCGUAGUGAAUUGACUGAUGACACCCAGACGGUAGUCGAUCCUGCGAAUUUGGUUGGAUUAUAUUAAUUAAGCCUGGAUUGUACUACAUAAGCAACCAACCCACAAAUUCGAUCCACGAGAAAACAAUGACGACACACUUAAAGUUAUCUUACAUAACUAGUUAAAAAGCUUUUAGCUCGCAGCUAUUCAGAAUCCCCAUUUCAGUGUAUGUAUACAUAUGUAAACACUAAAUACCGUGAUUUAUGUAAAAACAUGUAGCGUAAAAGACGCAUAGUUAACUAUAGUCGUUUAUAAGACCCCCUGCAAGUGAAGAUCGCUAAUUUGGAACGAUCGGCUGUAGUAGGAUUUUGUAUAAAUGUAAAUUUGUAUUUUUAAUUCGUUAAUUAUAUUUAACUCUAUCAUGAGUAAUUUAAAUUAUUGCGAUUGAACUUUAUUCCUGAGAUUUUAAGUUAAAUGUACCUCAGAGCCUUUGAGGCAAAUUUUAAGUUCUUUUUUAUUGUAACUAUGAAAUAAGGACUUUUUUAAUUUAAUCGAUGGUGAUUUCGUUUGCCAAAUUUGAUUUGUGCCGUCUACAAAAAAAAUACACAAAAUUUCUUAUUAAUUUGUUUCA